GGCAGUCUUGGAUUUCUGCUGGUGCUGCUGCUGUGAGGACGGCGGGCGCGGCUAAGAAAGAAGAAAGACGUGGCAGCAAGCGGGAGUCGGGGACAGUGUCGGCGGUUCGGUAAAGUUUCUGUUCUCUGAUUUGGGGAUAUUCCCUGCCCAAAAAUUUCCUGGAAAAUUGACUAGUAUUAAGUGUGAGUAAAAGGUGUCCACUUUUUUUUAAGUUUUGAUUUUAGUUUUGUCUUGGAUAGUAUUUGGCAAGAUUUAGCCUAGAAAUUAUGUAGUAUUUAUUACAUGAGAAUCAAAAUUGCUUUGUUACGGGGCUGGUUUCAAAAUUUAGAACUCAUUUCUAUGUAUCAAAAUCGUUUUUUGUUUUUGUUUUUUGGGUUUUUUGUUUUUUGUUUUUUUAAUUCUUAAAUGGUAAAUGUACCAUUGUGAAAUGAAAUUUCAACUCCAAAAGUUUACCCUUUUACUAACUGGAGUAAAUGAAUAAUUAUAAAGUCUUUGGUUGUAGCCAUCACUUGUGAAGAAAAAAAAAAAAAACGAAACCAGGCUGCCUAAGCAAGCCUUUGCAGGGCCAAUAUUGAAUGUCAUGCCAGUGACACUGGUGUUGCUAUAAAGGAAGAAAAAGUCUUCCAUUAGAUAGAAGCUUUCUGGAUUGUGACAGCGCCAGUUCAGGACGGCUGUAAUGCUGCUCUGCCUUCCACAGCUCGCUGCACCACUCUGUAGUUACUCGGUAACUAUACGUUUCUAUCUUUUUUGGUUAAACACUCCCUGAAGAUGAGAAAUAUGAUGUACAUACAUCCGUAUUAUACACAUUGAUUCACGUGUAAGGAUUUCCCUUCAUGUUUAUUCUGUGGGCUGGGCACAACUUAGUGUAACAUAGCGAUACACGUCAUGAUACUUUGGUAUAAGAGUAAGUUCACUAUUUUUAUAAUGAACCCAAAUCUGAAGGCUUUUGUAGUGUAUUUUAAAAGGGAAAACUUACCCAAAUGUUUUAUUUCUACACAUUUGUGUAUGUGUGUGUGUGUGUAUAAGCCAGUUAGUAUAUAUGUAUAUGAAUAUUGUAUACAUAAAACACUUGAUAUUUUUUCAUACAAGUAUGCUUUUAUUAUACAGAUAAUAAAGAUGGGGGAAGGUUUCUGUUUUUUUCUUAAUAGGUGAAGAAAUCUUGAAGACCAGAAAUUGGAUCUUAUUGAAUUUUGGUGUUCUUUUUCUUUUUUCUUUUUCUUCUUUCUUUUUAAAUUAUAUUGUUCGGCUAUGGAAGAUGGAUUUUUUUUUUUCCAAUAAUCCUUUGACUCUGAAGUUCAUCUUUAAAUGAACUCUCUUUUUUGUUGGUUUUUAUUUUUGUUUUUGUUUUUGAGGAGAUAACUAAGCCUAGCUGUCUCCAGUCUGACAAAGGUUAUUCGAAUGGACUUAAUCUCCCAGUAGUUGGGAGAUGUUUUAAAAACACGUCCUGUGUUUGAAUUGUGGCUGAGAGGUUUCCUUGGCAAUGUGAGGAGGAAAAUUCUUUCUGCCCCAUUAUUAUUAAUUCAUGGAUUGAGUGUUGGUUCGACCUACAGGCGUAAUAGAUUGGAACUCAGUGAAGACACAGAGGUUCCUGUUGAGAGCAACCAGCUAAUGAUUGCAUUUUAAAGACGAUUUCUCUGAUUGAGUUGUCUUUUGGAAGAUUAAACCCAUUUCAAGAGGACUUGGAGCUGGUCCUCGCCUUGAGGAAGCAGUGGCUUGUUUUCAAGAAGCCACUUCCAAUCUAAGGAUCUACCCAGCAUGCCUAAUCAAGGAGAAGACUGCUAUUUUUUUUUCUAUUCUACAUGUACCAAAGGUGACAGCUGUCCCUUCCGUCACUGUGAAGCUGCACUAGGAAAUGAAACUGUUUGCACAUUAUGGCAAGAAGGGCGCUGUUUUCGGCAGGUGUGCAGGUUUCGGCACAUGGAGAUUGAUAAAAAACGUAGUGAGAUUCCUUGUUACUGGGAAAAUCAGCCAGUGGGAUGUCAAAAACUAAACUGCGCUUUCCAUCACAAUAGAGGACGUUAUGUUGAUGGCCUUUUCCUACCUCCAAGCAAAACUGUGUUGCCCACUGUCCCUGAGUCACCAGAAGAGGAAGUGAAGGCUAACCAGCUCACAGUUCAACAGAACAAAUUGUCUGUCCAGUCUAAUCCCUCCCCUCAGCUGCGAAGUGUUAUGAAAGUAGAAAGUUCGGAAAAUGUUCCUAGCCCCACCCAUCCACCGGUUGUAAUCAAUGCUGCAGAUGAUGAUGAAGAUGAUGAUGAUCAGUUUUCUGAGGAAGGUGAUGAAACCAAAACACCCAUCCUGCAACCGCCUCCUGAAGUUCAUAAUGGAUUACGGACAGCCUCUGCCCGGAAACCUGGGGUCAAUUUGAAGCAAGGUGAAUGUUUGAAUUUUGGAAUAAAAACUCUUGAGGAAAUUAAGUCAAAGAAAAUGAAGGAAAAAUCCAAGAAGCAAGGUGAAGGUUCUUCCGGAGUUUCCAGUCUUUUACUCCAACCUCAGCCCAUUCCAGGUCCUGAAAAAGAAAAUGUUCGGACUGUAGUGAGGACAGUAACUCUUUCCAGCAAACAAGGAGAAGAACCCUUGGUAAGAUUGAGUCUCACUGAGAGACUGGGAAAACGAAAAUUUUCAGUAGGUGGUGACAGUGAUCCUCCAUUAAAGCGUAGCCUUGCACAGAGGUUGGGGAAGAAAGUGGAAGCUACAGAAACUAACACUGACAAAACACCAAAGAAAGUUCAUGUUCCCAAGUCUCUGAAGGAGCGAUUAGGCAUGUCAGCUGGUCCCAACAGUGAGGAGGCAGCAGAGAGAGUCACUAAAGUUGGUGAGAUCCAUGUGAAGACAUUAGAAGAAAUUCUUCUUGAAAAAGCUAGUCAGAAACGUGGAGAAUUGCAACCUAAACUCAAGACAGAAGGACCUUCAAAAGUUGAUGAUUCUACUUUAGGAACAAGAAGCCCCUCCACUAUCCGAAUCAAAACUUUCUCUGAGGUCCUGGCUGAAAAGAAACAUCGGCAGCAGGAAGCAGAGAGGCAAAAAAGCAAAAAGGAUGUAACUUGCAUCAAGCUAAAGACAGAUAGUGAAAUUAAAAAAACAGUGGUUCUGCCACCUAUAGUUACCAGCAAAGGACAAUCAGAGGAGCCCGCAGGUAGAACAAAGUCUAUGCAGGAGGUGCACAUCAAGACACUGGAGGAAAUUAAACAGGAGAAGGCACUGCGGGUACAGCAGAGCUCUGAGAGCAGCACCAGCUCCCAGCCUCAGCUUGAGGCCGCCCCAGGGGCAAGGCGGCUUCUCCGAAUCACAAAAAAAACAGGUAUGAAAGAAGAGAAGAAACUUCAAGAAGGAAGUGAAGUUGCUUCCCAGAGCAGUGUUAUUAGAACAGAGGCUAAAGAGGCUUCAGAAGAGACCACAGGAAUUGGCAUCACCAAAAUUCAAGUCAAGAGGUGUGAGACCAUGAGAGAGAAGCACAUGCAGAAACAGCUGGAGAGGGGCACCUCACAGAAGGAAAAAUCGGUUUUGACACUCCUCCGGGGAGACGUAGACUCUUACAAUACUCAGAUAGCAGAGAAGCCGGUGCUCACUACAGUGCCAGGCCUCACACGGCACCUGACCAAGCGGCUUCCCACAAAGCCAUCCCAGAAGGCAGAGGUAGAAACCUCAGGCAUUGGGGACUCAAUACUGAAUGUGAAAUGUGCAGCACAGACCUUGGAAAAAAGGGGUAAAGCUAAACCCAAAGUCAAUGUGAAGCCAUCUGUGGUUAAAGUGCUCUCAUCCCCCAAAUUGGCCCCCAAACGCAAGGCAGUGGAGGCCCACCCUGCUGUCAUUGCAGCUGUGAAGCCACUCAGCUCGAGCAGUGUCCUACAGGAAAGCCCCACCAAAAAAGCAGCUGUGGCGGUUGUCCCACUCCUUUCUGAGGACAGGUCAGUCACUGUGCCUGAGAUGGAAAAACCUAGAGACAGUCUUGUGCUGCCUCCAACCCAGUCCUCUUCCGAUUCCUCCCCACCAGAAGUAUCUGGCCCUUCUUCAUCUCAGAUGGCCACGAAAACUCGCCGACUCAGCUCCACCUCAACAGGAAAGCCCCCGCUUUCUGUGGAGGAUGAUUUUGAGAAACUAAUAUGGGAGAUUUCAGGAGGCAAAUUAGAAGCUGAGAUCGACUUGGAUCCUGGGAAAGAUGAAGAUGACCUUCUGCUUGAGCUAUCAGAGAUGAUUGAUAGCUGAAGGCCGUAGAACAUUUAAAAA